AUGAUUCUUACUUCAGAGAUUGUAGAAGGCCACUACAAUUUAAAAAUCAACUGUAAUGAGUUCAGUGACCCCAAGACCUACUGCACUCGAGAAUCUAACCCUCACUGUGGCUCUGAUGGCCAGACAUAUGGCAAUAAAUGUGCUUUCUGUAAGGCAGUAGUGAAAAGUGGUGGGAAGAUUAACCUAAAGCAUCCUGGAAAAUGCUGA